UUCACAAAACCCAUGACAAAACCAACAUGGUGCUGGUUGGGGAGCUGUUGCUGUACUCUUACAGCAUUUUAAGUUCUUGUUACACAUGAAGCCCUCCACCACAACCCAGAUGGUGAAAAUGAAAAAGCCAGGAAAACCACACGAGAUCCAGCGGCCGUACAAAUUGUCCCAUCAGGUGCUGUGUAUCACAAGCAUCAACUUUCAACGGCAGUCGCUUAUAGGGUUCGUAGAGCUGACAUUGAUCCCUACGAGAACCGACGUUCGCUGGAUUCGUAUCAACUGCAAGCAGUGUCGUGUCUACCGGGUGAGGAUUAAUGAUCAAAUAGAAGCACCGUACCAGUACAAUGAUCCAACCCUGGAAAUAUGCCAGGGUGAAGUCAAACAGCGAAACCUCGAUCACUUCUCAGCCUCUCAUUCAGCUGCUGUCGCAUCUGUAAAUCCAGGUCUUGGCUGUGGCGAGCUGUCAAUUAAGAUACCUGUCGAAGCUUCACACUUAGUACAAGAGGGCAAGCUCCUCCGCGUCAGUGUCGAAUUCUCUUUGGAGCGGCCGCAGGGAGGAAUUCAUUUUGUGGUUCCAGAUUGUGAAGGAUCCCUUGCCGAGCGAGGGGCUCACAUAUUUACGUACGGAUACGAAAACUCAUCGAGGUUAUGGUUCCCUUGCAUCGACUCAUAUGCGGAUCCCUGCACCUGGAAAAUGGAGUUCACGGUGGACUCUACAAUGAUCGCAGUCUCAUGUGGAGAUCUUGUGGAAACAGUGUACACGUCCGACAUGCGGAAAAAAACGUUUCACUACCACCUUGCUACGCCGACUUCAGCACCGAACAUAGCGUUAGCUGUAGGACCAUUUGAGGUAUUUGUGGACCCUCAAAUGCAUGAAGUUACCCACUUCUGCCUUCCACACCUUCUACCACUGCUCAAGCAAUGCACCAAUUUUCUUCACGAAGCAUUUGAAUUCUACGAAGAGCUGUUAUCCAGUCGUUAUCCAUACUCUUGCUACAAGCAGGUCUUUGUAGCUGAAGCCUACGUCCCAGUGGAUCCCUAUGCGACUAUGACGAUUCUCAGCAUAAAUUUGUUGCAUUCCAAGCACAUCAUUGACGAAGCUUACACGUCUCGAAAGCUCAUGGCAAGGGCAGUAGCCGAGCAAUUUUUCGGCUGUUUCAUUUCAAUGCACACCUGGGCUGAUACGUGGCUGCCAAAAGGAAUUUCUGCUUACUUAGCUGGCCAGUACAACAAAAAGGCAUUUGGCAACAACGAGUACAGGUACUGGGUUCAACAGGACAUGAAAAGGGUGAUCGCCUAUGAGCAAGAAUUUGGAGGCAUUCUGCUUGACCCAAGUGGCCUAGACAGCAGUCCCUUCCACUUUCCUCUGGAUAAUUUGCACACAUCAUCACCACGUUACACGGAGAUGAUCAGCACCAAGGCACAUCUCGUGAUUCGCAUGUUGGAAGAUCGUAUUGGCAGAGAGCUACUGUUGCAGGUCUUCAACAAGCUCUUGUCGUUGGCAAGCUCUGCCGCUCAGCAGAAGGUGACAAUGAACAUGUGGCACAACAUGCUGCUUUCAACCAGUAGUUUUCAGAAAGCCAUUUUCAUUGUGACUGGCAAGGACAUAAAAAUUUUCCUCGAACAGUGGGUGAGACAGGGCGGUCACUCAAAGUUUCACGGAACAUUUGUGUUCAAUCGAAAGAGGAACACGGUUGAACUGGAAAUUAAACAGACGGAGACACAGGCAACAGGAAUAAAAUGCUACGUUGGUCCACUAACGGUCACCAUUCAAGAACUCGAUGGAACAUUCGAACAUCAUCUGCAGAUUGAGGAGAAUGCUACAAAACAUGACAUUACUUGCCACUCUAAAAGUAGAAGGAACAAGAAAAAAAAGAUUCCACUCUGUACCGGGGAAGAAGUGGACAUGGAUUUAAGCGCUAUGGACGCUGACUCCCCAGUGCUGUGGAUCAGAGUUGACCCUGACAUGCGACUGCUGCGACAAGUCGUUUUUGAACAACCUGACUACCAGUGGCAGUACCAACUCCGCUACGAACGUGACGUGACUUCACAAAUGGAGGCAAUUGAGGCUUUGGAGAGGUUCCCUACUCCGGCAACCAGGCUUGCACUUACAGACACGAUAGAGAAUGAGCACUGCUUCUACAGGGUUCGGUGUGCAGCUACGUUCUGCUUGCGAAAGGUUGCCAACAACAUGGUGUCGACAUGGGCUGGACCACCAGCGAUGAUGACAAUUUUCAAGAAAAUGUUUGGUUCUCACUCCUGCCCACACAUCAUUCGACAAAAUAACUUCUCGAAUUUCCAGCAUUAUUUUCUGCAGAAAACGAUUCCCGUUGCCAUGGCUGGAUUGCGGACCAUCCACGGCAUAUGUCCACCCGAAGUUAUGAAGUUCCUGCUGGACUUGUUCAAAUAUAAUGAGAACAGCAAAAACAAAUUCUCUGACAACUACUACAGGACGGCUCUCGUUGAAGCACUCGGUGAAACUGUCACUCCUGUGGUUUCUGUCGUUGCACAGACAGGACAACCCAUAACAUCAGACUCGCUGUCAGCUGACACCAAGCUUAUCUUGGAAGAAAUCACACGGUGCCUCAACUUGGAAAAGCUGUUGCCUUGCUACAAGUUCACGGUUACGGUUGGAUGCCUGAGAGCAAUCCGUAAGCUCCAGAAAAUGGGGCACCUUCCUAACAUCUCAGCCCUGUUCAGGGACUAUGCACAAUAUGGUCAGUUCAUUGAUGUGAGGUUAGCAGCUCUGGAAGCACUAGUGGAUUACACGACAGUUGAUGGCAACGCCGAUGACCUGAACUUCCUGCUGGACAUCAUUGAGAAUGAUCCUAUCCCGCGAGUAAGGGUCUCCCUGUUGCGAAUGCUGACUGACAAUCCCCCGUUCAAGAGGAAAGAUGAUAGCAUAUUCAAUACUGAGGAACUAGUGGAGCGACUGUGGAAACUGAUGAACUCCGGUCUCUCCCAUGACUCGUGCAUACGAUGCGCUGUGGUUGACCUCUACUACGUGCUGUACGGAAGAGGUAGACCGUCUUGUCUGCCUGUGCCUGAUCUGGCUGUAGUUGUCAAUCUCAAGGAAAAGAAAGCAAAGUUAAAUGUGCCUCCCCCCAGCCAAGGGAUGCCAGACAUUUUCAUGGCAAACUUGCAGCCCAAGAUGGAACACCACUCAUCUGCAUCGCUGGGUGUGGAACUCCUCGCCGAGGCUGCGUUGACCGCGAGCGAACAGUUGCAGACGGAAGUUGUAGUCAUGGGAGAAGAAGAGAUCAUGGUCGAGGAAGAGCACUCUCCAACCCAGAUGUCCACACAACCCCUAGAGGUGGGCAGCGUGCCGGGGUUCCAGCCCAUAGCUUAUAUGACUUCGGAGCCAGGAAAGGAAACAAUAAUACCGUUGCCUCAGCCUGUCAUGGCGGGCGUCGUGCAUCAUGGAGAGGCAUCGAGGAGCAGCGUGGAAUCCGGACCGGUCGUCGUCACAGCACCUCCUCCUGUGCAGCCUCCCGACAUCAACUACUCCGACGACUCCCAGUCUAAGUCUCUUCCCGGGAUAGCCGGAACGUCGAUGCAUCAGCCUACUGGCUUCGACUCGAGCAUGUUCAGAAAGUCAGAUUCACAGUCGCCCGACAUCCCGCAGAGCAUUCCUGCAGGGCUUGCAUUGAACCCGUCAGCAUCAUUCGUGCGGCCUUCGGUGGAGGGAGAAGACCUCAGCUCCAAGCUUCACAAAGACAAGAAGAAGAAAAAGAAGAACAAGAAGCACAAGCAUAAACACAAGCACAAGCAUGACAAGUUGUUGGAUAAAGAGCGAUUCUACAGUUCAGGGGGAAGCACAAAUCAGUCCCCAGCCACAUUUAGUGGUGGAAGUCCUCAGCAUGAGAUAAUUUGAUUUUGAAGUUUGAUGAUAUUUCAUUGGACUUUGGUCACGUUCAUCGUCAUCAUCUGUUAGCCGUUGAUUAGCUGUCAAGCUGAUUGUGACCUUCAUCAUCGAGGAUGUUCCAGACAUUGGAUGCUGUAGCAACACUUAUUUCCUUGUUCUAUGUGUAUGUAUCUUUGUGCCACACAUCAUGCUUUCGAUUCGCUGUAUAAAAGGACUGUA